AUGGUGCUGGCUGCCGUGGAGCGCGUGGUGCGGCUGCAGAGGGAGCCGGCGCGGAUCCGCAACAUCUGCGUGUUGGCGCACGUGGACCACGGAAAAACUACUCUGGUUGACUGUCUCAUAUCUAGCAAUGGGAUCAUUUCCAGCCGGUUGGCAGGCAAGUUGCGGUACAUGGACAGCAGAGAAGACGAGCAGGUCCGAGGCAUCACCAUGAAAUCCAGCGCCAUCUCCCUGCAUUACACAGACAGCAGAGAGGAAUACCUCAUCAAUCUGAUAGACUCCCCGGGGCACGUCGAUUUCUCCUCUGAGGUUUCCACCGCUGUGCGCAUCUGUGAUGGCUGCAUUAUUGUGGUGGAUGCAGUGGAAGGAGUAUGCCCACAGACACAGGCAGUUCUGCGGCAAGCUUGGCUCGAAAACAUACGCCCAGUCCUAGUGAUUAAUAAAAUUGAUCGCUUGAUAGUAGAGCUGAAGUUCACCCCACUUGAGGCCUAUUCUCACCUCAAGAAUAUUUUAGAACAGAUAAAUGCACUCACAGGAACUCUUUUUACUUCUAAAGUCCUAGAAGAGAGAGCAGAGAGAGAGUCUGAAUCCCAAGUGAUCGCAAACUCUGAGCAAGGCAUGCAGGUGUAUGACUGGAGCACCGGCUUGGAAGACACGGAUGACUCUCACCUUUACUUUUCUCCUGAUCAGGGCAAUGUGGUGUUUGCAAGUGCCAUUGAUGGCUGGGGCUUUGGAAUCGAGCACUUUGCCAACAUCUACAGUAAGAAAAUCGGCAUCAGAAAGGAAGUUCUUCUGAAAACCUUGUGGGGAGAUUAUUAUAUAAACAUGAAGGCUAAGAAGAUCAUGAAGGUGGACCAGGCAAAAGGAAAGAAACCUUUGUUUGUACAGUUGAUCCUGGAAAAUCUAUGGAGUUUGUAUGAUGCUGUUUUGAAAAAAGACGUAGAGAAGAUCGACAAGAUCGUGACCUCCUUAGGACUGAAAAUGGGAGCUCGAGAGGCACGCCACUCAGACCCGAGGGUCCAGAUCAAUGCCAUCUGCAGCCAGUGGCUGCCUGUGUCCCGAGCUGUGCUUGCUAUGGUGUGCCAGAAGCUUCCCAGUCCCCUGGAGAUCACAGCCGAGAGAGUGGAGAGACUGAUGUGUCCCGGCUCCCAGCCCUUCGACACUUUGCCUUCCGAGACCCAGGCACUGAAAGCAGCUUUUAUGAAAUGUGGAAGUGAAGAUACCGAUCCGGUUAUUAUCUUCGUUUCCAAGAUGUUUGCGGUGGAUGCUAAAGCACUUCCUCAGAACAAGCCCAGGCCCCUCACGCAAGAAGAACUUGCACAGCGGCGGGCCCGUGCCCGGCAGCGGAACGCAGAAAAGCUGGCAGCUGUGCAGGGUAAGGCCACCUCAGAAGCCAACCUGGAGGGGCACACCCCGGAAACCAGUCCUCAGGGAGAAGAGCCAGAAGUUAAAGAGCAGCAGUUAGAGAGUCUCACCCCCAAAGCUGUGACCCAGGAAGAAAACAGCCAAGAAGAGUUCUUCAUUGCCUUUGCUCGUGUCUUCAGUGGUGUGGCUCGAAAAGGAAAGAAAAUAUUUGUCUUGGGACCAAAAUACAGUCCUAUUGAGUUUCUACAGAGGGUAAGACCUGUAUGGUCCCCGGAAGGCUUCUCAGCUUCGUUCGAGGACCUGCCCACUGUGCCCCACAUGUCCUGCUGCACUCUGGAGAACCUGUAUCUACUGAUGGGCCGUGAGCUAGAGGACCUGGAAGAGGUGCCUCCGGGGAAUGUACUUGGAAUAGGAGGCCUCCAGGAUUUGGUGCUAAAGUCGGCAACUCUCUGCAGCAUGCCCUGCUGUCCCCCAUUCAUCCCGCUCAGCUUUGAGGCGGCCCCCAUCGUCAGGGUUGCUGUGGAGCCCAAGCACCCAAGUGAUAUGCCUCAUCUUGUCAGAGGCAUGAAGCUGCUGAACCAGGCGGACCCCUGCGUCCAGAUUCUCAUCCAGGAGACAGGCGAGCAUGUCCUAGUCACAGCAGGCGAGGUGCACCUCCAACGAUGCUUGGAUGACCUAAAAGAAAGGUUUGCCAAGAUUGAUAUCAGUGUAUCUGAACCCAUCAUCCCAUUCAGAGAAACAAUUACAAAGCCCCCCAAAGUGGACAUGGUCAAUGAAGAAAUAGGCCGGCAGCAGAAAGUUGCAGUCAUCCACCAAACAAAGGAAGAACAGAACAAAGUCCCCGAUGGCGUCCAGGUCGACCCUGAUGGCCUCGUCACCAUCGCCACUCCCAACAAACUUGCCGUGCUCAGCGUCCGAGCCCUGCCCCUUCCAGAAGAAGUCACCCAGAUUCUAGAAGAAAGCAGUGACCUGAUCCGUUCCAUGGAGCAGUGGACGUCCUCGUUGAAUGAGGGCAAAAAUUUGCCACAGAUGGACCAGAAGACCCAAGAGAAAAUGGGGGAAUUCAAAAGAAAACUGGAGCAGCACCUUACGGGGAGAAAGUGGAGGAACACUGUUGACCAGAUCUGGUCUUUCGGCCCAAGGAAAUGUGGACCCAACAUCCUGGUGAACAGGAGCAUGGACUUCGCCAGCUCCGUGUGGACUGGCCUGUCAAGUGUAUCUUCCCAGGAAACCCGGAGCUACCGGGACCUUAGCAACAGUGUUGUGAGUGGCUUCCAACUGGCCACUCUCUCAGGCCCCAUGUGCGAGGAGCCACUCAUGGGUGUCUGUUUUGUUCUAGAAAAAUGGGAUCUGAGUAAGUUCAAGGAGCAGGGAGCCAGUGAGGCACAGAGACCAGAAUGUGGUCCCACGGAAGAAGGACUACAGGGAGGUGCCAGCACGAACUAUGAGCCGAUGAACAACUGCACUUCAGGAGCGGUUGAAAAGAGGCCAGCCCCAAGGGGAGAAUCCUCCCUCCCAGACUGUUAUGGGCCCUUCUCAGGGCAGCUUAUUGCCACCAUGAAGGAGGCCUGUCGCUAUGCCCUUCAGGCAAAACCACAGCGUCUCAUGGCAGCCAUGUACACCUGUGACAUCAUGGCUACGGGCGACGUGCUGGGCCGGGUGUAUGCCGUGCUGUCCAAGAGAGAGGGCCGCGUGCUGCAGGAGGAGAUGAAGGAGGGCACGGACAUGUUCAUCAUCAAGGCCGUUCUGCCUGUUGCCGAGAGCUUCGGCUUUGCCGAUGAGAUCCGUAAGAGGACCAGCGGGUUAGCUAGCCCGCAGCUGGUGUUUAGCCACUGGGAGGUCAUCCCGAGUGACCCCUUCUGGGUGCCGACAACUGAAGAGGAGUAUUUGCACUUCGGGGAGAAGGCAGAUUCAGAGAACCAGGCCCGGAAGUACAUGAACGCCGUUCGGAAGCGGAAGGGGCUGUAUGUGGAAGAGAAGAUCGUGGAGCAUGCAGAGAAGCAGAGGACCCUCAGCAAGAACAAGUAGCAGCUGCUUUGUGCUUUGGGCCCUGCUAGCGUGUCCAAUAAAGGUCCUGUACUUGUU